GAUGCGAAACGCCGUAGUCGAAGUGGCGCAAGAGCGGUCCAGGAAUAGCUCAGGGUCACGUGAGCUGCGAGCCGAGAAGCGGUGGGAAUGGAGAUCGCUCGCAGUCUUCUACUGUGUGUGUGCAGAGGACCACUGCCCAUCUUCUUUUCUUCAGGUUUUGUGAAGAAGAUCAAACACAGUAAACAUGGCGGAUGAAGAGGUGAGCAGCUCGGAGGAAGAGAGCCAGCAGGAAAUUGACAAGCGCGAGAACAAAAAAAUGGAAGAGGAGAAGAAGAAGAAGCAGGCCGAAAUCGAGGCCAAGCGCGCCGAAGUGCGUAAGCGCAUGGAGGAGGCGUCCAAGGCCAAGAAGGCCAAGAAGGGCUUCAUGACACCUGAGAGGAAGAAGAAACUCAGGUUGCUGCUGCGUAAGAAAGCCGCUGAGGAACUGAAGAAGGAGCAGGAGCGCAAGGCCGCCGAGCGUAAGCGCAUCAUCGACGAGCGCUGCGGAAGCCCCCAGGACCUCGACGAUGCCAACGACGGCGAUGUGAAGAAGUUGUGCGAAAAAUACCACAACCGAAUUGCGGGGCUUGAGGUUGAAAAGUAUGACCUUGAAUACGAGGUGUCCAAGAAGGACUACGAGAUUUCCGACCUCAACAGCCAAGUCAACGACCUUCGCGGCAAAUUCGUGAAACCUACCCUGAAGAAGGUUUCCAAGUACGAGAACAAAUUCGCCAAACUGCAGAAGAAGGCGGCUGAGUUCAACUUCCGUAACCAGCUCAAGGUCGUCAAGAAGAAAGAAUUCCAGCUUGAGGAGGAAGACAAGGAGAAGAAACCCGACUGGUCCAAAUCCAAGGAUGAAAAGAAGAAAGGAGAAGCUGCCGAGGGCGAGGCAGCAGCUGAGGGAGCCCCUGCCGAGGGCGAAGCCCCCGCCGAAGGCGAAGCUCCUGCCGCUCCCGCGGAGGGAGAGGCUGCUCCUCCUGCAGACGGAGCCGCACCACCUGCCGAAGGCGCACCUGCCGAGGGCGCACCACCCGCAGAGGGAGCACCACCUGCCGAAGGCGCUGCACCGCCCGCAGACGGAGCAGCACCACCAGCGGAAGGAGCUCCUGCACCUCCCGCAGACGGCGCUGCUCCGGCCGAAGGUGCUGCACCCCCCGCCGAGGGUGCAGCGCCGGCCGAGGGUGCGCCCGCUCCCGCCGAGGGCGCUCCCGCGGCCCCGGUCGAGGGUGCUCCCGCGGCUCCCGUCGAGGGUGCCCCCGCGGCUCCUGCCGAGGGCGCCGCUCCCGCGCCUGCCGAGGGUGCCCCCGCGGCGCCCGCCGAGGGCGCUGCUCCCGCGCCUGCCGAGGGUGCCCCCGCGGCUCCCGCCGCCGAAGGUACAGUCCCGCCCGCUGAGGGGGCCCCCGCCGCUCCCGCCGCUGAGGGAACCGCACCCGCUGACGGUGCCGCCCCUCCCGCCCCAGCACCUGCUGCUGCUGAGGGCGCCGCGCCCGCCCCUGCCGAGGCAGCUCCGGCCCCAGAAACCCCGGCUGCAGCCCCUACUGAUGCUGUUCCUCCUCCUCCAGCAGAGGCUGCGCCCGCCGCCGAAGCCGCACCCGCCGCCCCCGCUGCAGAGGCCGCCCCUGCCGCCGAAGCCGCUCCCGCACCGGAAGCCGCCCCCGCCGCAGAGGCACCCCCCGCAUAAACGUUCCGAGCCGCACCACCAAAAUCACUUCACUAACUGUUCCGUCACGAAUUGGUGCCCUCAAAGGUCACGAGAGCUCUGGACGAGGUUCCAUUUAAAAUGUAUUCACUGUAUGAAUAAAAGCUACAUCACGGUGUCAAAUAAAUGUAAUGUACUAUUUUAA